CCAGCCGCGUAAAUAUUUAUGACGCGAUCGAACUCAUCCCAUAAAUGGCAACGCCAACAUCUAUGCCUCAACGAAAAUUACCCACAACCGUAAAAUGCUAAAACAAACUUUCGUGAAAAGACUUGAACGCCGAACUUUGAAUCGAAUUAUAGUGUACGUGCUGUUCUACUGUCAUGUUUUCGAAAAGCACUCAGCGGCAGAGAUGCCGCACGAGUGCGCCUACCGCAGCUCCGAAGCCGAAACGGUGGAGAAUGCGGUACUCUUCUGCAAGAUUCGUACCAUAAGCAGUUUGGACCACCUGUUACAAAAUAUAACGAGGACGCAUUUCGAUGACGUGAUCUCCUUACACGUUCAGUGCAGUGAAAUCUUAUUUUUUGAGAGCACUUUAUCCGCUCAAACUGACAAAAUUCCUAGUAGACAAGCAAACUUGGCCAAUUUACGGGACUUAGUUAUAGAUAAGUGCAAGAUUCGACAAAUACCAGCUCGUGCUUUUGAAAACUUCAAAGACCUAAAGAGACUGCACGUGACAACGUACAAUAGUGAGUGGUCAGCCAUGACGAUGGAACUACACGAACAAGCGUUUUCCGGCUUAAAUGAGUUGAUAGAACUAAACCUUAGCGACAACAACAUUUGGAGCACUAAGACCGAAACUUUCUGUUCAUUGUACAGUUUGAAAACUUUGAAUCUUACUAGAAACCACUUGCAAAAUAUAAAGACUAUUGGAUUCUCAGAUUCGUUAAGAGAGCAAAAUCUUAGCGUAAGGAUUUGUAAUUUAGUUAUAGAGAUACUUGAUAUUUCAUACAAUGAUCUAAUUGUUGUAACUGAUAACAGUCUAUCAAAAUUGCGUUCAUUAUCGAAACUAAUGCUGCAAAAUAAUGCAAUCUCUACCCUAGAAGACGGUGCCUUUGGGGGACUACUCAAUUUACAGGUUUUGAAUUUAUCUAGUAACUUUAUGAAUUCUCUGCCACCAGAUAUAUUUUCAGAUACCAAAUCUUUGACUGAAAUAUAUUUAAGUAAUAAUACGAUAAAUAUCUUACAUCCAGGCAUUUUCGAAGGUUUACAACAACUUCAAAUAUUAGAUCUUUCUCAUAAUGAUCUUACUAGUCAAUGGGUAAAUAAAGGCACUUUCCUUGGGUUAUUAAGAAUGGUAAUAUUAAACGUUUCUUAUAAUAAAUUAUCACGAAUAGAACGGUACACGUUCCAAAGUUUGUACAGUUUACAAAAGUUGAAUUUGGAGCAUAAUGAGAUAACCUCUAUUGAUGAGCAUGCUUUUGAAGAGUUGAGAAAUUUGCAUUCUUUGACACUUUCACAUAAUUAUUUGGUGCACAUUCAAUCAGAGUUAUACACAGAUUUACAUGUCUUGCACGAGUUGUUUAUAGAUAACAAUAAAAUUAAGCACAUAGACGAUAACGCGUUUGAUAACAUGACAACCGUUGAAGAUUUAGGAUUAAAUGAUAACUUUUUGUCGGCAAUACCAGCGUCUAUUCGUAAACUUAGAUCUUUAAAGUCACUGGACAUUGGCAAUAAUAAUAUAACUCACCUUAAUCGGGAAAACUUUCGAGGUCUUUCCGAACUUUUUGGUUUACGUCUAGUUGAUAACAAAGUUACACAUUUAAGUGACGACUCUUUUGAGUAUUUGCCACAGCUCCAGGUUUUGAAUUUAGCAUCCAACAAAAUAAAACACGUAGCACCGGGAUGUUUUCGGAAUAAUAUAAAUCUCAAAUUACUUCGUAUGGAUGGAAAUAACAUUACAAAUUUUGAUGGAAUUUUCACCACUUUAAAUAGUUUAGUUUGGCUUAAUAUGUCUUCUAAUAAAAUAAUAACAUUCGAUUUUAGAAGUUUUCCGGACAGUUUAGAAUGGUUAGAUUUACAUGAAAACUAUAUUGAAAAUUUUGUAAAUGAUGAUAUGUAUUCAAAUGUUAAUAUUAAAUUACUAGAUUUGAGCCAUAACAAUAUAAGUCAACUCAGUGUCACUUCAAUACCAAAGUCAGUAGAAAAAUUAUAUUUGAAUAAUAACAAGAUACAACACAUCCAAGUGGGUACAUUUUCAAAACUACAAAGGCUUUCAAUCGUGACAUUAAAUAAUAAUAAUCUAGUACAACUUGACGUGAAUGCAUUUAGGUUAGAUCAAAUAGACGAAGAUAGUGAUUUACCAGAGUUUUUUAUAAGCGGAAACCCAUUUGUUUGUGACUGUUCAAUGGAAUGGAUUCAACGCAUUAAUUAUUUGAGCCACAGUCGACAAUACCCGCGCGUGUUGGAUCUAGAUAAAGCUUUGUGUUCACUAGUACAUUCACGAGCAAAACAGAAAAAGUUAAUAAUAGACAUGUCACCUUCUGACUUUCUCUGCCCAUACGAGAGUCACUGCUUCGCUUUAUGUCAUUGUUGUGACUUUGUUGCUUGCGAUUGUGAAAUGAUUUGUCCAAAUAAUUGUAGAUGUUAUCACGAUAUCACUUGGAAUGCGAAUGUUGUGGAUUGUUCAAAUGCUGGAUAUACUGAAGUGCCAGAGAGAAUUCCAAUGGAUGCUACCGAAAUAUACUUGGAUGGAAAUCAUAUUAGUAAUUUGGGUAAUCAUGUUUUCAUUGGCAAGAAAAAACUUUCAGUAUUAUAUUUAAAUAAUACGAAAUUAAUGGAAGUAAAUAACCAAACUUUUAAGGGAGUGGACUCUUUAAGAGUGCUGCACUUGGAAAAUAAUAAGUUAGUGGAGUUAAAAGGGGACGAGUUUUUACAUCUUAAUAAUUUGAAUGAACUAUAUCUCGAUCAUAAUGCUAUUGUGCAUGUUGCAAACAAUACUUUUUCAUCGUUGAAAUCUCUUUCUGUUCUUAGAAUUGACGAUAAUAAACUCGUUAACUUUUUUCCGUGGAAAUUGCUAGCUUCGUCUUCCAAAAGUUUAGCUCACGUAUCUAUAGAAGGUAACCAAUAUUCCUGCGACUGCAAAAGUAUAGCUGAAUUAGAUUCGUGGCUUAGGAGGGAUCCAGGGGAUCCGGAAAAAAUGUUGUGUACAGAUACUGAAGGAAAACCCACGAAAAUUACUAUUGCUUCAGUACUUAGUCAUUGUAAGGAAUAUAUGGGGUCUAUUGGGGAUCCUACUAUAUCUAAAGAUGAAAUAGUUUCUAAAUCUAUAUUUCUUCCUGACAAUUACUUUGCAAUUAUAUGUGGAGUAAUUAUUAUUAUCGUAUUUAUUUGCUCUAUAGGUGCUAUAUUCUAUGCUUUCAGAUAUGAAGUCAGUGAUUGGCUUUACACUAAGUACGGUGUCCCAUUGUUCAAAGAACAGUCUUGUCCUAAUGUUGAUCAUGUUUUAGAAGGAAACUCCAAUCAUAUGUAUGACUAUUACGUGAUAUGUAAUACCAAAGACACCAAUUUCGUUUACCAUAAUAUAAUGUCUGAAAUAGAGUACAGGAAAAUGGCUUCAAAGAAAUAUUCUCCAAAUGAGCCUUCCCUCAAUAUUUUAACUCUAGACAGCUUUUCAAAAUCAUCAAAAUUAUCUAAACGUCUUCUUAUUGUUCUCACAGCUAAUUUUAUUAGCAACGAUCUCUGCGAUAUUCAUUUUCAAAAUAUAUUCUAUAGUUACUUAAAAUCUCUGAAUCGUAGUGAUAUUAACAAGGUAAUAUUCAUUAAGAUAGUAGACAACAACCAAAUAAGCGAUGAGCUUGGUAUCUUAUUAGAUAAGUUCAAAAAUAUAUCUUGGAACGACGUCCGAUUCUGGGAGAGACUCGUUUCAUUACUGAAUUCAACAGAUACUAUUAUCACGGUAAAGAGUUCUGAGAAGAGCGUAUUCAAAAAGUCGUUACGUCAGACUCCAACGCUGCGAUACACAACAAUGCCUGUCUCAAACGAUAGUUGCUCAAAGCAGAAUUUUACAAAUUCCUUGCAGUACUUUAGACGAAGCGAUGGGGAGUCUUCCCAGAAUGAAAGUUCGCCUUCUUCCGACAACAACACGUAUGGGGAAGGGGACAACUCAAACAAUAGCUACAUGUCGAUCGACAAUAGGUCAUGUCCUCGGUUUAAUUAUGACCUCAGGCUGUCUCCUAACAGCGGUCACGUAUAUUCUAGGGUAGAUGAUAUUUCUCCGACUGUUCCUCGUUCUAUAACGGCCAGCGCGUCUGGUAAAGGACGCACAUAUUUUGUUUGAAUACUGAUAAAUACAGCGACAGCACACACUGAAUCCACCUUUGUUUAAGUAAUUAUGAUGUACUUGUAAUGUUACUGUCAAUUUUCACAUACGUAAUCUAAGCAGUGUGAUUGUCAAAUUCGUUUAGAUGAAGAAACAAUAUUUUGUACAAAAAUUGUAUGAAAAUGUUGAGUCUGAUACGAAAAAUUUCCAUUUAAUUAUAAUAACUAUAUUAUAAUGUUUAUUGCCGUGAAAAUAUUUCACAAAAAGUCACUGUAAAACAACACCAAUAGUUUAAGAUACAUAGCCACAUUUCCAACUAUUAUUAGUAAGGUUCUUUAAAAUUAUAUAUAUUCGGUUUUAAUUUUUAUCUGUUUAUGUUACAGUAUUUGAUAUGUUUUUGUUAACAUUUUGCGUUGCAUCCUUAAAUUAUUUACACAUUUAAUUAUCGUUUAAUAUAUCUACCACUAAUUUAAUAUAAAAUUAUAUUUUCUUCUUAUAUUUCCUCAUAUAAGGAAACAAGUGUGUAUA